UACUCGGUUUUGAAUAAUUCUGGUCAAACAUUUUUUAUUUAUAGAUAUGGUGGAACAGGGAAGACAUUUCUAUGGAAUACCCUGUUGGCCAACAUUAGAAACAAAGGGAAAAUAGUCUUGGCAGUGGCAUCUUCUGGUAUAGUAGCUUUGUUACUUCCAGGAGGUCGUACACCACAUUCACGCUUUAGGAUACCUCUAGACAUCCAGGAGGAUUCUAUGUGUGCUAUUAAGAAGAACACCCAUCUUGCUGAAUUGAUUCAACAAACAUCUCUCAUUAUAUGGGAUGAGGCAUCUGUCAACCAUAGGCAUUUCUUUGAAGCAUUUGAUCGCACCCUUAGAGAUAUCAUGUCAUCGAUCAAUCAUGAUUUAGUGAACAUGCAAUUUGGUGGUAUAACAGUUGUCUUGGAUGGAGACUUUAGGCAAACUCUACCGGUUAUUCCUAAUGCAAGAAAGCAACAGAUCCUGAAUGCCUCGAUCACUCGCUCCCGCUUAUGGAAAAAUUGUGUGGUACUUGAAUUAACUGAAAACAUGAGGCUCAAUUGUCCAACCUUUUCUCAGCAAGACAAGUUUAGGCUUGAGCUGUUUGCAACAUGGCUUCUAUCUUUAGGUGAUGGUGUUGUCCAUGAUAGUGCACCCACUGAUCGACCAGACGCCACUUGGGUGGAGAUUCCAUCAUAUCUCUUACUACCGGCUAAAGAAAGGAACCUUGCAUGUUUGAUUUCUUUUGUGUAUGAUUCAAUACCGCAUCUAUCACAGCUACCAACCUACUUAUGUGAACAUGCAAUUUUGGCACCAACGAAUGAGAUUACUGCUGCUAUAAAUGCACAAAUUAUUAGCCACACAGCCACUGAAGAAAUGUCAUACUAUAGCUUUGAUACCAUUGAUGAUGCCACACCAAACUACUGCAAUGUGCAGUCCCUUUAUCCUGCAGAAUUCCUCAAUACAGUACACAUGAGUGGUUUGCCGGAUCACCAUUUACAGCUAAAGAUUGGUGUCCCCAUCAUGCUUCUUAGGAAUCUAGAUCCAUCAAAGGGCUUAUGUAAUGGAACCCACCUCAUUGUAACAUAGCUGACUCAUCGUAUAAUUGAGGCCCAAAUAAUUACAGGAAAAUGUAAAGGAUCAAAGGCUUAUAUUCCAAGAAUAGUCACUACUUUGACUGACUCAAAAUGGCCUUUCAUGAUAAAGCGCAGGCAGUUUCCAAUCCGUAUUUCAUAUGCCAUGACGAUCAACAAAAGCCAAGGGCAAACACUAAGUAAAGUUGGUGUGUAUCUACCAAGCCCUGUUUUUUUCACAUGGGCAACCGUAUGUUGCUUUCUCACGUGUAACAUCACCUCAAGGUCUUCGAGUCCUCAUUGAGAAUAACAUGCCUGGGUAUGAAUCUAAGACACAUAAUGUCGUGUAUACGAAAUAUUCACUGAUAUCGCGAAUCAAUGUGCUUAAUUUUACCAGAUUUCACUAAUUCCAAACUGUAGUGCAUGCUGCCCAAAAUCAUCAAAUUCAGAGAUAUAUGUUGUGUUAUGCUUCUUCCGUGUGGUUGUAUGUUCCCACUGUGCUGUGCACUUCUUCACCUAAAAGCAAAGGUUGAUCAGGUUAUUUAUCGGUGCCAUCUAUUUGUUGUUAUCCUGGUAAUCUACUAUCGAUGCAGAGUUGCAAAUGACAACCAAACCAGGAGGCUGAUCAUUAUCGUUUCCUUUCCUUCAUUCAGUUACAAUGCUAGAGACUUUUCCAUGUUUGUUGCUGCGUGUACCUCUCUAUGCAGCGCACUAUGCAAGAUCAUUAGAUUGUAAAUGCUACCACCAGUAUGCACACGCUUGGUCUAUGAUGGUGAUGUUAUUAUGCCUAUGAUGUAUUUUGUGAUGUGUGUAUUGAGAUGUUGCAAAUCCUGUUCAUCUGCCAAUAUUAUUGACACGCCAUAUGCAUCAGUAAACUAAGAUGCUAUUAC